UGGUGACUCAAGCAGAUGUUUAAAAGCUCCAUAAUCUAACUGGGUUGAGGUCGAGAAGGAUGCCAACACCUCAUCUAAAGCCCAAUGGACGACGGUAGUUUGUAACAUAAACCAGAUAAGCUGUUCUUAGCGAAAGUCGUAAAUGAUGAACAUCGAGGGGGAGGAGAUGCGCAAACCAAUCCGGCUCAUCGCGGCUGCCUGCAGUGACAUGGGCAUAGGAAAGAACGGACAGCUUCCCUGGAGCCUUCCAAAAGAAUUUCAGUUCUUUAUGGAUACAAUUACAGCUGUUUCAGCACCUGGGAAGAAGAAUCUGGUUGUCUGGGGGCGAAUCUGCUGGUUCUCCUGUUCUGAGACGGUCUUCCCUUUGGCCAACUGCAUCAAUUUGGUAUUGAGCAGGAAGCUGAUUGCAGUGCCUCCACGUGCCCACUGUCUGUGUAAGGAUUUCGGAUCAGUAAUUCACCUGGCUUCUGAGCCUCCCUUAUGUCACAUUGUGGAGACCAUCUGGGUUUUAGGAGGCCCAGAGGUGUAUAAGGAAAGUCUUGAGCAUCCAUGGUGUGAUCUCAUCUAUCUCACUGACAUCAUGGCCGACUUUGACUGUGAUGUCUUUUUCCCAAAAUUUGACCGCAAUGUUUUCAGAAAACAAAAGGGCUUUCCCGGAGUACCAGAUGAAAUUCAUGAAGAAAAUGGUAUUAAAUUUCAAUUUCAAGUCUUCAAGAAAGAAGCUUAAAACUGAAGCUGUGAAGAGACCAGACGGACAAACAUGAUACUGGAAUUGUUUUAUGUUUACAUAAUCUGAAACUACGGAGCCCCAAAGGGGACAUGGUGAUAGAAAUAAAUAUGAGAAAGGAGGGAAAAAUGCAUUUGUGUUGUCUCGCAAAUGUAUUGCUUCCCCCCCGGAAAAGCUUUACGUUCUUUCGCAAAACAGUUGCAUUCUCUCGCAAUAGUAUUAAUUUCCCGAGACAUUUUGCGUUUUCUUUUUCUUUGUUGCAUUCCCUUUUGCGCUCUCUCGCAAAACAUUUGCAUU